AUGACGAACGCAUCCCUCGUCUCUCGAUCCCUGCCCGUCCUGCCAUCAGGAUGGGCCGCUGACAAGGACUUCAAGCCCGUCGGCAAGGUCACUGCCUCCACACAGCGCUCCAUCGAGCCUGUCGGCCCUCACUUCCUCGCACACGCCCGCCGCGCCCGCCACAAGCGCACCUUCUCCGAGGAUGACCGCAUCCAGGCCCAGGAGCGUGCCAAGAACGUCGAGGAGGAGGAUGCUGGCGAGAUCAGCGAGCCUGAGGACCCCAUGAUGCUUCAGCGCGAGGCCAAGGACUGGAAGGAGCAAGAUCACUACGCCGUCCUGGGUAUCUCCAAGUACCGUUACAAGGCCACCGAGGACCAGAUCAAGCGCGCCCACCGCAAGAAGGUUCUCAAGCACCACCCCGACAAGAAGGCCGCCAGCGGCGCCACCGACGACGACAACUUCUUCAAGUGCAUCCAGAAGGCCGCCGAGCUGCUGCUCGACCCCGUCAGGCGUCGUCAGUUCGACUCGGUCGACGAGGGUGCCGAGGUCGAGCCCCCGACCAAGAAGCAGCUGCAGAGCGGCAAGAUCGACUACUACAAGGCCUGGGGCAAGGUGUUCAAGGCCGAGGGCCGCUUCUCCAAGACCCAGCCCGUGCCACAGUUCGGCGACGCCAACGCCUCCAAGGAGCAGGUCGAGGAGUUCUACAACUUCUGGUACAACUUCGACAGCUGGAGGUCCUUCGAGUACCUCGACGAGGACGUGCCCGACGACAAUGAGAACCGAGACCAGAAGCGUCACCAGGAGCGCAAGAAUGCUAACGCCCGCAAGAAGAGAAAGAUCGAGGACAACACCCGCCUGCGCGGCCUGCUCGACGACGCCAUGAAGGGCGACGAGCGUAUCAAGCGCUUCAGGCAGGAGGCCAACGCCUCCAAGAACAAGAAGAAGCUCGAGAAGGAGGCUGCCGAGAAGAAGGCCGCCGAGGAGGCCCGCCUCAAGAAGGAGGCUGACGAGAAGGCCGCCAAGGAGGCCGAGGAGAAGGCCAAGGCCGACCGCGAGAACUCCAAGAAGGCAAAGGAGGCGGCCAAGAACGCCGUCAAGAAGAACAAGCGUGUGCUCAAGGGCUCCGUCAAGGACGCAAACUACUUCGCCUCGGGAGACGCCUCGGCCGCCCAGAUCGACGCCGUCCUCGGCGACGUCGAGCUCGUUCAGGGCAAGAUCGACCCCGACGAGAUCGCCGCCCUGGCCGGCAAGCUUAACGGCCUCAAGGUCGCCGACGAGAUCAAGGGUGUGUGGAAGGACGAGGUCGCCCGCCUCGUCGGGGCCGGCAAGCUCAAGGAGGGCGAUGCCAAGUCCUUGGCUGCUUAA